GGCCAUGUUUCCCUCGCCUUACCUGGGCGCCGUGGGUCCUGACGCCACGCCCGGUUCUGCAGUGUACCGGCUGUCGGCACGGCAACGAGACGGGACACCUGCACAAGCACAGUACCUCAUACUGGAUGGUGGGGAGGAGUGCUUUGAGGUGGACCGUCGCUCCGGUGAGAUCAGGACCACAGGACGACCUCUGACCCCCAGUAAGGAGUACCUGCUGCGGGUGCAGGCGAUGGACAGGAGUGGACGCAAAGGCUCGCCGACUACAGUGGCCAUCCUGGCCGGCUACCGACCGCCGCAGUUCACAAACGUCACUUACAGCCUGAACGUACAGGAGAACACAGCUAUGGGCCAAUCCGUGUCACUGGUUCAGGCCAUGUCCUUCCAGAAGAAGAGUCUGUCCUACAUGCUGCUGGUGAAUCCUGGGAAUCUGUUCAGCAUCAACCAGGAGAGCGGAGCGCUCAGCCUCACCAGGACCGUCGACUACGAGAGUGGACACAACCUGCACACCCUGCAGGUCCGCGCCUCCGAGCCCGACACGGGCCUCAGCAGCGUGGCAGAGGUGGUCGUCCACAUCACAGAUGAAAAUGACUGCACGCCAGAGUUCCUCCACUCCAUCUACACCAGAGACAACGUACCUGAGAGUGUCGCACCUGGAACCUCCCUGCUUCAAGUUCUGGCCCGGGACUGCGACUCAGGUGUGAAUUCUGAGCUCUCUUACUUUGUUCACGGCGGCGACUUUGACAUCACAUCAGGUGGCGUGGUCAGCCCUGCCCGUCGCCUGGACUACGAGCGACCCAAUCACAUCUACGAGUUCGUGGUGGUUGCGGUGGACGCAGGGACGCCCCCCCGCACCGGCACCGCCUCUGUCCGCAUCCGAGUCGCCAAUAGCAACGACGAGGCGCCCGUCUUCUCCCAGAGCGCUUACAAGACCUUCCUCAGUGAGGAUGCUGGUCCGGACACGCUGGUCGCCAUCGUUCACGCCAAUGACCCGGACGGAGACGCCGUCUCUUAUGCCAUUACUGGAGGCAACGAGGACAGCAACUUCCUGCUGGACAACCAGAAGGGCAUCAUCAAGUUGCGGAGGAGUCCCCCUCCGAGGCUCAGGGGGCCGCAGUACGUUCUCAACAUCACCGCCACGGACGACAACGCGUCUGGUGGACCGUACCCGCUCAGCAGCUCUGCCCAGGUCAUCGUAGGAAUCAACGACAUCAACAACAACAAACCCGUCUUCCAGGAGUGUCAGAACUACAGUGUGAACGCGGUGGUUCUGGAGAACCAGCCACCAGGGACAUUUGUCCUGCGUGUCCAAGCCCAUGACGCUGACAUGGGGGUCAACGGAGAGGUCAAAUACGGCAUCAUGCACAGAGACGGAGUGUCAUCCGGGUUCAACAUCGAUCCUGACACCGGUGUGAUCACCACGACAGUGAGUUUCGAUAGGGAGCGGCAGAGGGAGUACACGCUGUCGGUGACGGCCACAGAUCAGGCCGAGGAGCCGCUCAUCGGGAUCUGUCAGAUCACCGUCCUCAUUGCCGACCAGAAUGACAACGACCCGAAGUUUGAAAACAGCCGCUACCAGUACUUCCUGCGAGAGGACACUCCAGUAGGAACUAGCUUCCUGCGAGCGGCAGCGCACGAUGACGACCAAGGGAGCAACGCGGCCAUCACCUACUCCCUGUCCAAUCAGAAGCCAGCGUACCUGCACAUCAACCCCAGUACUGGCUGGAUUUACGUCAACCACCCCAUCUCACAGACGUCCAGGAUCAACCAGCAGAUCGUGGCGUCAGACGGAGGGAACCGCAGCAGCUCUGUGGAGCUGACAGUCAUCAUUACAAAUGUCCACAACCAGCCGCCGCACUGGGAGCAGCCUGAGUACUGGGUCACCGUGCCAGAAAACACCGUACGAGAUGCCAAGAUAGUGACCAUCAAGGCGACGUCCCCACUCGGUGACCCCCGGGUGACCUACAACCUGGAGGAGGGUCAGGUGCCGGAGACCAACAUGCCAGUGCGUUUCUACAUCAAGCCGAACCGGGCGGACAGCUCGGCGUCCAUCCUGGUGGCUGAGAAUCUGGACUACGAGACCACACGGUUCUUCACGCUCAGGGUGCGGGUCCAGAACGUGGCCGCCGUGCCGCUUGCAUCGUUCACCACCGUCUAUGUUAACGUGACAGACGUGAACGACAACGUUCCUUUCUUCCUGUCGUCCACCUACGAGGCCACGGUCCCAGAGGGAGCCGAGAUUGGCACGUCGGUGGCUCAGGUGUCGGCCACAGACCUGGACUCUGGUCUGCACGGGAGGAUCCAUUACGUGAUCCUGAAGGAUGAGAGUGGGGACUCUCAGUUCUUUGACAUCGACUCACGCAGUGGUACCAUCGUCACUCGAGCCUCCUUCGACCGCGAGCAGAAAGCCUCCUACCUGAUCGAGGUCCAGUCACAGGAUGGCUCCGAAUCGGCCAGACCAGGCCAGCAGGGACAACCUAACACAGACACGGCAUACGUCAGGAUCUUUAUCACCGAUGUCAACGACAACGCCCCGGCGUUUGCCCGGCCAGUGUACGAGGUGAGCGUGGAGGAAGACAAGGAGGUCGGCUUCGUCCUCAUCACCGUCACCGCCAACGACGAGGACGAGGGUGCCAACGCCAAGCUGCGCUACCAGAUCACCUCAGGAAACACGAUGGGCACCUUUGACGUGGAGCCCGAGGUUGGCACCAUCUUCGUGGCUCAGCCGCUCGACUACGAGAUGGAGCAGCGCUUCGAGCUGCGGCUAGUGGCCUCCGACGGGAAGUGGGAGAACGAGACGCUGGUGGUGGUUCAGGUGGUCAACCGCAACGACGAGGCGCCCGUCUUCAGCCAGACGGAGUACCACGCCGCCGUGACAGAGGAGCUCACACAGCUUCCUGUUUUCAUGCUGGAGGUGUCGGCCACAGAUCCAGACCAAGAGGCCGACCAGACUGCCCUGCGUUACUCCCUCCAUGGCCAGGGUGCCGGCGGUGAGUUCACCAUUGACGAACGCACAGGAAGAAUCUAUGCCCAACGGCGCCUGGACCGUGAAGAGCGCCCAGCCUGGAGAUUCCUCGUCCUCGCCACAGACGAGGGAGGGGCAGGACUCACAGGAUUUGCUGAUGUGCUGUUAGAGGUCCGAGACGUCAACGACAAUGCACCCUUCUUCCCCUGCCCGGCACUGGAAGUGGACGGAUGUUUUGUUGGCCAAGUGCCUGAGAAUUCACCUGCCGACACUUCCGUCAUGGAGAUGCGCGCCAUGGACCUGGACGACCCCAAUGAGGGCAAGAACGCCAUGCUGACCUACAGCAUUAUCAAGAACGUCCGUAACGAGAUUAACCUCAAUCUGUUCUCCAUCAACGCCAGCACAGGGACAAUCUACACGGUUCUACGUUCCUUGGACCGGGAGGCAGAGGACCGGUAUCUGGUGGUGGUGGAGGCCAGGGAUGGAGGGGGUUUAGCGGGAACAGGGACAGCCACCAUCAUGGUUUCAGAUGUCAAUGAUCAUCCACCAGUGUUCACUCAGAGGGUCUACACCACUCAGGUGACGGAAGACCUGGAGGUGAACAGCGAGGUUCUUGUAGUUUCUGCCACAGACGGAGAUGAGGGUGAGAACGCUGUGGUAACCUUCAGCAUCGUUGGUGGUGACGAGGACAGGAAGUUCUUUGUGGAGACAGACAAAGUGAACAGACGUGGUGUGAUAAAACUCAAGAAGAAGGUUGACUUUGAAAAGCCCCGUGAGAGGACUUUCAAUCUGACGCUGAAGGCUGAAGACGCUGAUUUCUUCAGCCUGGCCUACUGUCUUGUUCAGGUGGAGGACGCCAAUGACCACGCCCCCGUAUUUUUCCCACAGUUCUACGAGUCACCAGCCAUGUCCGAAGACGUACCUGUGGGGACAAUUGUUGCUCAGGUUACAGCUUCGGAUCUGGACUCAGGCCAAAACGGACGCUUUUCUUACAGUAUUUCAAAAGAGUCGGACCCUUACAGUCAGUUUCUGGUGGACCAGUCCGGUUGGGUGGUCGUGGCUGAUUCUCUGGAUAGGGAGAAAAUCUCUCAGCACAGGAUCAUGGUCCUCGCUACAGAUGCUGGGAGUCCACCAAUGACUGGCUCUGCCAUUGUCAUGGUGACUGUACUUGAAAUUAACGACAACGGGCCGGAGUUCGAGGUCUCCUAUAAACCAGUCGUUUGGGAGAACACAGCGGCUCCCCAGGCGGUUCAAAUGAACGAAACAUCUCUGCUCCUCCAUGCCACCGACCGAGACACCUCCCCCAAAGGCGGGCCAUUCUCCAUACGGCUGCUCAUGCUCACCUCAGACGCCACCAACUUCAAUUUGACAGACUUUCGUAACGGCAGCGCAGCCAUCACCGCCCUCCGGACCUUCGACCGUGAGAGGCAGAAGGAGUACCGCCUCCCGAUUCUUAUGAUUGACAGCGGCUCUCCUCCAAUGAGCUCCACCAGCACGCUGACAGUCGUCAUUGGUGACAGGAAUGACCACCCUCACUCACCAGGACACACUAACUUCAUCGUCUACAGUUAUGAAGGUAUUCUCCCGACGACGGUGCUCGGACGAGUUCAAUCCCCCGACCUUGAUGACUGGAGUGAGAAGGUGUACCGGUUCGAAGGCAAACCAUCCAGGUUGUUCAGUCUGAACCAGAGCUCAGGUCAGCUCACUAUCAAGGAGGGGGCUCCUCCAGGCUCGUACCACCUGCAGGUGCGCGUGUCGGACCACAUCUGGCCCGACGUCACCUCCACGGCUCAGGUGGAAGUCAGAGAACUGCAGCAGGACGCCCUGAAAAACGCCGCCUCCAUUCGCAUGAACAACCUGACGGUGGAGGAGUUUUUCAGCAGCAGUGGAAGUGAGGAGAGUCGAUUCUCACGGCUGAGUCACAUAUUGGCCGAACUCCUGCAGACUUUGCCAGAAAAUGUCCAGAUCUUCUCUGCAGGUGACGCCGGCCAGCGGGGGGAGAGGGCGCUCAAUGUGUGGUUUUCUGCUCACGGCUCGCCGUACUACAAGGCGGAGAAGCUGCACGGUUACGUGGCCGCAAACAAAGCCAAGUUGGAGGCCAUGUUGGGUGUGACCAUCUCUCAGGUGGGCAUUGACGAAUGUCCCAACACAGACUGCAGUCAGUCUGGUGGCUGCAGCAGCGAGGUUUCAUUCAGCCAGGCCCCGGUGGCUCUCAGCACAGGAAACACCUCUCUGGUGUCUCUGUCGGCCUCAUCAACAGCACGAUGCGGCUGCCGAGGCCGAGAGGCGAUCCACCUGACCUGCUCCGCCUACCCCACCAACCCCUGCCUCAAUGGGGGCACCUGCCAGGAUGGAGCACUGGGAUACAGGUGUAAAUGUCCUCCCAUGUUCGACGGCCCUGAGUGCCAGCAGACCAAACACAGCUUUGGCGGCCAGGGCUACGCCUGGUUCCCUCCCAUCAUGCCUUGCUUCCAGAGCCUCAUCUCCCUGGAGUUCCUGGCUGAGUCGGCAAAUGGGCUGCUCCUCUACAACGGGCCACUCGGCCCCGCCCACUUGGGGGAGCAGGAGGACUUCAUCGCCGUAGAGUUGAGGAAUGGGGUUCCAGCUCUGAGUAUAAACCAUGGAUCAGGAACACUGACCUUGCAGCUGCCGCCGAAAUCCACCGUCACUGACCGGCGCUGGCAUCGCCUCGAUAUCAUCAGCGACGGAAAGGCUGUCCAGCUGAUCCUGGACCAGUGUGGCGGGUUGGCGGUGAAUGAGUUGGAGGGUGUCAGAGGGGACGCUCAGGAGCUGGACGAGUCAGGCUGCAGAGCUUCAGGAGAGACGCCUGGACACCAGAGGUAUCUGAAUGUCUUCCAGCCUCUUCAGUUGGGAGGAAUGAAGGAAACAUCCCCUCAUCGACGUUACCGCAGUUUCACCGGCUGCAUCCGCAACUUGGUGGUGGACAGUCAGGUGUACGACCUGGCAUCUCCAGGUGAGAGUGUGGACAGCUCCCCGGGGUGCAGGCUGACUGAUGGGGUGUGUGUGACGGCGGCCGGUCCCUCCUGCGGUGUUCACGCUUCCUGCCUCGCUGAUUGGGGCUCCUUCAGCUGCGAGUGCCACCCAGGAUACACCGGGCACAAGUGUGACAAAGCCGUCCCAGAGUUCUCCUUCGACUCGGGCAGCAUUGUGCGUUAUCAGCUCCGAGGAGGCGGCAGCUCUCGUCGUACAAACGUCCAGCUGCUGCUCCGGACCAGAGCCACCUCGGGCACCCUGCUCUCCGUGAUGUCCCGGGAGGCCAACGAGUAUAUCAUCCUGGAGAUCAUGGAGGGUCACCUCUCUGUCCGUGCCAACCUCGGGGAUGGUGCCCACGCUCUGCGCCUCCCCGGCCAGCGGGUGGACAUCGGGCAGUGGGUGCUGGUCAGCCUGAGCCGCCAAGACAACUUGUUCACUCUGCGGCUGGAGCAGGGCGGGGGCUCGCGGGAGGUCCAGGCUCGGCUGGGGAGCCGCCGGGAGAUUGUGGUUCACCCGGCCAGCGUGAUGGUCGGCAACAGCCUGAAUGCUGGAGACAGGGCCGACUUUCAGGGCUGUCUGCGGGACGUUCGUUUCAACGCUCAGAUCCUGCCUCUGGACGGGCUGAGCCGGGACUUGGUGACGGUGCUGGAGAGGCGGGGCGUUUCUUCGGGGUGCUCUAGCAACGCCUGCAGCAGCCAACCGUGCAGCAGCCCGCUACACUGCAUCGACCUGUGGAGGAAACACCAGUGCAAGUGCCCCGGCGGUCAGGUGACGGUGACAGAUGAUUCCGGUCAGCAGCGCUGCGUGCCGUCGCCCUGUGGACCCUCCUCCUGCCGUAACGGUGGCAUCUGCCAGGCGCUGUCUCCUGACAGCUACCGGUGCCGGUGCCAGGAGGGGUUCAGGGGUCAGCGCUGUGAGCUGGGGCAGGUCAAAGGUCACCGGCUGGCCGCGCUCAGCCCCAGCUCCAUACUCGCCAUCAGCAUGUGUCUGCUCGUCUUCUUCGCGGUGCUGGUGGCGGUGACAGUGUGGAACCAGAAAGGCAGUCGUAACAAGUUCAGGAAGCGAGGAGUUUACCACAUCCCCGCUGAACAUGAGAGCUGGGAGGACAUCCGAGAAAACAUCCUCAACUACAACGAGGAGGGAGGGGGGGAGCAGGACCAGAACGGAUAUGACAUCACAGAGUUGAAGCGUCCGCUGUGCUCCAGUUUGUCCCAGUCCUCGUCCUGCACCACCGCCCCGCUCAUCAAAUCCUCACCCGGCUCCCAGGAGGAAGUUCACCCGUCCGGCUCCUCCUGCAGCUCAGGUGCUCCCUACCUCAGCAUCCCGCAUCAUCACCACCACCACUAUCAACACGCCACCACCAACGGCUACACCAGCGACACCACCUACGCUAACUUCACCACUAACGUAGGCAGGGACACAGAGGCAGGCGACGGUUAUGUGGACGCCCCAUCGGGGUCGCACUCUCACGUGGACUUUAAAAGCUACGUGGCGCGAAUCAUCUGGGAGGCAGACAACGACGGCGAGGCGCUGCCACCGGACGCCUACCACGUCUGGUGUGUGGAGGGCUCGGGGUCAUCAGCAGGAAGCCUCAGCUCACUGGGGUCAGCCGCGUCACGUAGAAACAUUGUCACCGCCCCUGGUGAUGAGGAGGAGGAGGAGGAGGAGGAGGAAGAAGACGAAGGAGGGUUUGUUUACGACACGCUGUCGCGGUGGGGCCCCAAGUUCCAGGCGCUGAGCGAGAUGUACGACCGGCCCCAGCUGGCGCUCACAUACAGGGACGCAGUGGCAUACAUACAGAGGAGCCACAGCCACGACCCCCUGCCUCAUCACCACUAGGGGGCGCUACACAGAGUUAAUGCAGAGUGGGAGGAGCUAAGUGCUGCGUUCACGUCCAAUUUGAAACCAAAAACAAAAACAGUCUCAGAACAAUAUCACAACAGUAAAUAUGUGUCUGACAUAAAUGAAAUGAUCAUAUUGAUGCUCUUGUUUUAAACAUUUUAUAAUAAUUUAAUCAAUAAUUGACUUUUAUAAAUAAAAAAAUCACCCAGCCUUAUUAUCAAGGCCAGAUUUACCAGAGAGGGAGCCCUGCAGCACAAAUAUAAUUAAAUAUUGUUGGUGGUCAUUUGUUUAAACAUAUAUUUAUUAAUAAAUAUACAUCAUGGACAUUUUGACAUCUGCAGACAGACAGAAAAGACAGGUCAUAAUGCAGGACACACUUUAAUGCUCUUAUUUUAGCCGAUAUUCUGCUCGUCCUCAAAAAGUAAACUCAAAAUAAACCUUAAAUUAUAGUCUGAAUAUGAUCGCUUUUUAUUUAUCUCCAAAGUUUGUGCCAUUUGGUAAAGGUCAGUUCUGCAGCUCUCCGUCCACACCGGUCAAAACACAGAGAUAUUUUCUGUUCUUUUGGCUGAUUAAACCUCAGAUUAAAGUUCAGGUUGGGGAGGAGUUACAGCAGCGAGAUAAACACAGUGCAUUCAUUAGAACAGAAGGAGGCACAGAGGAGACAUGAGGAGGAGGAACACACAAGACAGAAAAUAGAAAUGAACGUUUUUUCUUGUUCAAAUCAAACGAAGAAACACAGAAAGUUGGUGCAAGUCUAAAUUACAAAUUUAAAUUUGUCAACAUUUUGGAAACAUUAGAUUUGUCUGAAACAUCAGGGCUGCGUUCAGCCUCAGCAACAAUUACAGUAUAUAUCAUUUUCCUUUUUUUCACCCUUGCUUUGGCAACGUAAAUGUGUUGUCCAUGCAAAUAAAACCCCUUUAAAUAAACGUUUUGCUGGGGCUGAACGCAGCCUUGUUUUCUGCUUCAACUGGGCCUUAAACUCUGAUUGGCUGCACCAGACCCACCUCACAGCUCUGAGUCCUGAUUGGCUGCUGCUCCUGAUUAGAGGUGAGACCAGCAGUUCAACCUGUAAGUCUCAAACAGGAAGCAGCAUUAGAGACGCUGUGAUGUGAGUAAAACAAACACAUUUAAAAACUGUGAAGCUGAAAAUAUUCUGUCGGCACCAGUUUAGUUUGUUGAAAAAUCAAUUUCUUGACAGAAACAAACUGGUUCACACUCAAAGUUAAGAGUUUCUAAACCUUUAAGAGUUCUCAUCAAUGGUGUUUUUAUUUAUUCAGAAUAUAUUUCACGCAUUUUGGAUGUGAACCAGUUUGUGCAAACACCAAACUCCCUCUGUAGCUGUAACAGUUUGUCUGAUAUACUUUACAGCCACAACUAACUAUUAUUUACAUUCUCUAUUAAUCUGCCAAGUAUUUUCUCGAUUAACUGUCUCUUGAAUGUCAGAAAUAUGUGUAAAAGCAGAUUACAACAGUCCCACAGGCCGGGGUCCAGCCUUAAAAUGCCGUGUUCAUGUCCUAAAUAUAUUUAUCAUCACACAAGACAAAGAAAAGAGCAAAUCCGCUUUAGUAUUUUUCCUCUGAAAAUUUCUCGAAUCAUUUAUGGAAUAACAAAAUAGUUGCCAACUAUUUUUCGGUUGACUGGUUGUCAAAUAAUUUUAGAGUUGCUAAAAUUGAAAAUGUUAAAAUCCUACACACUCUGAAGGCUUUGAAUCUUUGGGCAGAUUGUGUCCGUAGAUUACUUCACUGUCCCCUCUGUGGCUGCAGCAGUAUGUAUGUAGUUUAAUACGCGUAUUAAUUCAUUAUCUAUCAAUCCGCCAAGUGUUUUCUUGAUUCUCUGUCUCUUGAAUGUCAGAAACAAAUGUAAAAUGCAGAUUACAACAGACCCACAAGCCACAGUCCGUCUUAAAAUGUCUCGUUUCUGUAUCCUAAAGAUAUUUAUCAUCAUAUAAGACAACAUAAAGAGCACAUCCUCACAGGUGAGUCGUAUAUUUACUUGAAAAAUUACCUGAAGGAUUUAUGGAGCAACAAAAUAUUUUCCAAAGUCUGUCUUGCCAAAGUCAAACAUGUUAGUAUCCUGCACACAAGGACGCAGAUCGUCUCCCUGUUCUGUGUUUCAAAAUGGCCUCAGAACAAAAAACGCUACCAGAAAUCAUCCCGUCUGCUCAGUAGCCUCCAGUAAACGUGAUGUGAACGCAGCAGCUCUGCUCCCAGGUGGAGAUCGAUGGCGGCAGUAAAGCGGUGACACUUUCAGGGCUGCAGCUUCAUCAUCUGAUCCGGAUGUUUCUUCAUGUAGAAAACAAAGAAGUCGGAGGUCUGAGAGUUCAGGCGCUCGACACAACAAAGCACACAGAGAAGUUUUUUGCGUUCAUGUGCCAGCGUUACACAGAAACAUCUUUAUUUAUUCCUCCUCUUCCUUUAAAGCAGCUCAGCGUGUGCUGUGUUUAUUUAAUUUGUUGGCAGUUUGUGGGUCGCUGGCUUUAUUCUCUUGAAACGAGGACUUUCAGAGUAAAAGGUCACUGUUGUGUUUUUGGAGGCAAAAUACCAUCAAGCUAUGUCAGGUUGACUGUAAGAAUGAUUCUGGUUCAUUUGUUACCACUAACAACAUCAAGGCCUUGAUGUGAGUCUCACAAAGGGAACUCAAAUUUCUUCUCUAAGGGCAUUUUAAUGUAGCAUUUUAAUCUUUUUAUCUCCGCUCCGACAGUUCCAACUUUGACCCCAGCCACACAAACCAAACCCGACAAACAAAAACUCAUUUUCACAAAGAAAAUCCACCGAAGGACGAACUUUUCUUUCACCUGUAUUCUGUAGAUUGAUCUUUUCAUGUCGCUGCUGUCGAUGUUUCCACACAUUAACCUCCAACAAACAGAAGAACCAGCUUUUAUUUUCUCUUUUCUACCUUCCUGUUGCACUAGUGGAUGAUUCAGAGUCCUCACACAGGACACACGGAUCUGUUUGCCAGUAUAAAAAAAAAAAAAAAAAAAAGACACCAGGUGAAACACUUUUUAUCCUCUCAGUGUUUCCAACAUGUAAAAUAAGAUUUGAUAGUUUUCAGAUGAGAUUAUUUUUGUACUCCCUUGUAGAAACUUCCCAGAAGCUCCUGUCCACUUGCAGCUGGUUGUGCACCAUGUUCAAGGGAUAGUUUGGAUAUUUUGCUGCAGGGUUGUACAGGGAACACAUCCAUAGUCAGUACAUUACAUACAGAAGAUGUCAGUCGGCACGCCCCGGUUUGGAGAAGCAGGCUAGAGUCUGACAUGGAGGCUAAGCAAAGCUGUGGACGGGGGCAACAGCAAGAUGUGUUUCAGCCACCUAAAAAACUCAUGAUCAAUUAAGGGGGUGCUAUAUUGAGAGUAUUUUCACAGCUUUAUGUCCACGUCAGACAGCGAUUUCCGACAGAAAAUUGAUUGCCGUUAUAUCGCUCUCCUCAAAGCCAGACUCUGUUCAGAAAAUCAGUAAUUUGUCAUCACUGAACACAGGAGCUGCUGGUCUACUACUGCCCCAAACAGUUAGCUUGUUUGUGUCAUUGUGUGAAUUUGGCACUUUAAAGUUUUAGUUUGGAUUCGCCAAAGUCAGGUUACUGCAUUGAUUCGACGCAGAAGUAUAAAUAAAUUCUGCUUUAGUGAGAGUAUAGAUGAGGAACUGAAGCUGUUAACACCUUCCUCGCUGGAGCCAGCUGUCUGGCGCAACAGUAAAGUGGUGAAAAUAAUAUAAAUAUAGCAUACAAUCAAACUGAUAUUGUUUGCUGAACUGUGCUGGACUUCAACCUCCUUCUCCAAACUGGGGGCAUCAACUAUAUGUGACACCCUGACUGUGGAUAAGUACCUCAUACAGCCCCACUUCAAAUCUGAAUUAUCCCUUUAAUGUGCUGGACAGUGUCACACUGAGUGUUUCUAUUAGUUGGUCAGCUUGUUUGCGGCUCUGUGUUCAGACUGCUGACUGUAGAAGUGAAGCCACUCAGAGGCUCAGAGUCUGUUUGUGUGACGGCGUCCUCGUCACAUGGCAGGUGGAGGAGCCACAGACGUGCAGCUAAAUCACAUUAAUGUGAGCUGGAAGGCCGUGAGAGAGAGAGACGAGGUCAGCUGGCUUUAAACGCCGCAGAUCAGUGAAGGCCAAAUAUGUGUAGAGAUUUAUUAAUGACAAAACUGUUGAGGAAGCACAAAGCAAGUUUUAAUCAUCUGCAAGUUCAGAUCUGAGAGCACGCGGUCAGAUAGCUGCCCGAGACAGGCCCGGCUAUGUGAGACGAGAUAACUACGGGCCAACGUGUGGACACAAAAAUCCAAUUUUGUUAAAGAUGUAUUCACAUUAAAGCAGAAUAUUUAGGCUAUAAUGCUUCUUUGUCCAGCACUGAAUUCUUAGGAAGGUUUCUAACUAUUUAAUAAGUUUAACAACCUGUAAUGAUCAUUACUGUUUCACCAGGUUCAAAGUGAAGAGCAGAGAUUUUGAAGCAAAUCUGAUUGAUUAUAAUUUGUAACUGUAACAGACGCAUUCCUGUUCAGGUACGAAUAAAGCAACCUGGGCACUGGAUUAUGUGUAAAGUCAAUGUAAAGACACGAUUGGACGCAAAUUCCCACUGAGUGUUGCGAUAAACACGAUGGACGCAACGCCAAUGACACGAAAUAGACAAAUGAUGCAAAUUAAGCGAGGAGCACGAUUUUACGUUAUAUUCAUAGGAGUUAAAUAAAUCUGAACCUCAGUGACCAAUUCGUGCCGCAAUAACCAAUGAGUAUUGAGAUUCUCCGGGGAUGUUUGACCCUGAGGACGUACUGGCGGAAGUUCAUUCAUCAGUUCAGUGAUUUCACGACUAGGAAAUGAGUCAACACAAAUAUUUUACUGUAAUGUGACACGAACCUUAACAUCACGUUUGGUGCGAACACAACAUAACACACACACUAACAAUAAUCACCGUAACAAGAGUCGCUGUGACUCUCUCUGUGACUCUCUGUUGUUCCCAGAUCUAAACUUGCAGAUUAAUUUCAACUUGAAUUAAUUCAGUGUUCACUCAGUCGUCUUCUGUGACUGCACGUCUUUGCCUCAGCUGCAAACUUUUCACUUCACCUGCGUUAGAGCGUCCAGUUUGAUUCAGUGUUCACGUGUCUCCUGAAGGCGAGAUGAGGACCAAAAAGUCGGUUCAGACCUCCCAGCUGAGCAGCACACACACUUUCCUUCUAGAAACUUCCCAUAUUAAAGAAAGAAGAUGUGAAGCAGCAGUUUGUUGGGUGGUGUCCACAGUCUUUAAUCUCUGUUCCCAGCCUACCUCUCGGCUACGUAUGUUGUCAUUGCACCGCCUGAUGAAUGUAGUUUUAUAUGUGCGUGUAGUGAGGGAGCGUCCCUGAGCGUGAGCAGGCAGAGAGUACAAUCAGAGAGUUUAAUAUGAUAUUUGAUAAAGUCUUUACGUGCGUAACUCAAUCCUCAGCCGACAACACAAACAGAUCCAGAUGUUUUAAAGGUUUUUGAUUUACACUUCAGGUCGUGAGUGUCUCAAUAUGUUCAGGUUCAAUAAAAGAAUAUUUGCCUCUGAGGUCGUGGGAUUGUCGCGCUGAAAAAGAGUUUCCCAGGUUUGUCACUUCGCAGUCGAACAGUUUGAUUUCUCUUCUGGUACCUGAAUAAAAAAAGAAUUGUACUCAAAGCUAUGCAUCCAAAUGGAACAACACAGGUGUCGUUUUCUAAACUGAUGUGAAGCUCCAGAUGUUGUGUCUGUACUGUGACACAUCUGUUGAUGUUUGUGUAAAUUCAGUAUUUUUAAAGCAGUUAAGUGUGUGUGUGUGUGCGUGUGUGUGUGUGUGAGCAGUGUUGAUCUGUAUGAUAUGAUGUACAUAUGGACGUUUUAUAGCAACCUAACAUGGAAUAUUCCUUUUGUAUAUGACUUUUAAUAAAAAUGGCUUUUCCCCAAAA